GGGGGAGCUGCGGGCCAAGGCCCGGGAGCAGCGGGCCGGGGUUGGCGCGAUGCUGUUCCCGGGAAGGAUUGUUGACUACCGGUGAGGAAGGUGAAGCACGGAGUUGCCUUUCUGGGCCCCCGGCGCUCCCUAUGUACACCUCCCUGGGCUCGGGUCCGGUCGCCGCUUUGCCCGCUUCAGUACCACCCUCAACUCUCGGGUCCUGGGGCUCCGGCAGCGGCAGGGGCUGUGUCCGGCAGGAGAGGAAGCGCACAGGCGGCGCCCGUGCUUCUGGCCGCGGGGCGAGCGUCUAGCAGGUCCAAGGGUAGCCAAGGAUGGCUGCAGCUUCAUAUGAUCAGUUGUUAAAGCAAGUUGAGGCACUGAAGAUGGAGAACUCAAAUCUUCGACAAGAGCUAGAAGAUAAUUCCAAUCAUCUUACAAAACUGGAAACUGAGGCAUCUAAUAUGAAGGAAGUACUUAAACAACUACAAGGAAGUAUUGAAGAUGAAGCUAUGGCUUCUUCUGGACAAAUUGAUUUAUUAGAGCGUCUUAAAGAACUUAACUUAGAUAGUAAUUUCCCUGGAGUGAAACUACGAUCAAAAAUGUCCCUCCGUUCUUAUGGAAGCCGAGAAGGAUCUGUAUCAAGUCGUUCAGGAGAGUGCAGUCCUGUUCCUAUGGGCUCAUUUCCGAGAAGAGGGUUUGCAAAUGGAAGCAGAGAAAGUAGUGGAUAUUUAGAAGAACUUGAGAAAGAGAGAUCAUUACUUCUUGCUGAUCUUGACAAAGAAGAAAAGGAAAAAGACUGGUAUUAUGCUCAACUUCAGAAUCUCACUAAAAGAAUAGAUAGUCUGCCUUUAACUGAAAAUUUUUCCCUACAAACAGAUAUGACCAGAAGGCAAUUGGAAUAUGAAGCAAGGCAAAUCAGAGUUGCAAUGGAAGAACAACUAGGUACUUGCCAGGAUAUGGAAAAACGAGCACAGCGAAGAAUAGCCAGAAUUCAACAAAUAGAGAAGGACAUACUUCGUAUACGACAGCUUUUACAGUCCCAAGCAACAGAAGCUGAGAGGUCAUCUCAGAGCAAGCAUGAAGCCGGCUCACAUGAAGCGGAGCGGCAGAAUGAAGGUCAAGGAGUGGCAGAAAUCAACAUGGCAACUUCUGGUAGUGGUCAGGGUUCAUGUACACGAAUGGACCAUGAAACGGCCAGUGUUUUGAGUUCUAGUAGCACACACUCUGCUCCUCGAAGGCUGACAAGUCAUCUGGGCACCAAGGUGGAAAUGGUGUAUUCAUUGUUGUCAAUGCUUGGUACUCAUGAUAAGGAUGAUAUGUCACGAACUUUGCUAGCUAUGUCUAGCUCCCAAGACAGCUGUAUAUCCAUGCGACAGUCUGGAUGUCUUCCUCUCCUCAUCCAGCUUUUACAUGGCAAUGACAAAGACUCUGUAUUGUUGGGAAAUUCCCGGGGCAGUAAAGAGGCUCGGGCCAGGGCCAGUGCAGCACUCCACAACAUCAUUCACUCACAGCCUGAUGACAAGAGAGGCAGGCGUGAAAUCCGAGUCCUUCAUCUUUUGGAACAGAUACGAGCUUACUGUGAAACCUGUUGGGAGUGGCAGGAAGCCCAUGAACAAGGCAUGGACCAGGACAAAAAUCCAAUGCCAGCUCCUGUUGAACAUCAGAUCUGUCCUGCUGUGUGUGUUCUGAUGAAACUUUCAUUUGACGAAGAGCAUAGACAUGCAAUGAAUGAACUUGGGGGACUACAGGCCAUUGCAGAAUUAUUGCAAGUGGACUGUGAAAUGUAUGGGCUUACUAAUGAUCACUACAGUAUUACAUUAAGACGAUAUGCUGGAAUGGCUUUGACAAACUUGACUUUCGGAGAUGUAGCCAACAAGGCUACACUAUGCUCUAUGAAAGGCUGCAUGAGAGCACUUGUGGCCCAACUAAAAUCUGAAAGUGAAGACUUACAGCAGGUUAUUGCAAGCGUUUUGAGGAAUUUGUCUUGGCGAGCCGAUGUAAAUAGUAAAAAGACAUUACGGGAAGUUGGAAGUGUGAAAGCGUUGAUGGAAUGUGCUUUGGAAGUUAAAAAGGAAUCAACCCUCAAAAGUGUAUUGAGUGCCUUAUGGAAUUUGUCAGCACAUUGCACUGAGAAUAAAGCUGAUAUAUGUGCCGUAGAUGGAGCACUCGCAUUUUUGGUUGGCACUCUCACUUACCGGAGCCAGACAAAUACUUUAGCCAUUAUUGAAAGUGGAGGUGGGAUAUUACGAAAUGUGUCCAGCUUGAUAGCUACAAAUGAGGACCACAGGCAAAUCCUAAGAGAAAACAACUGUCUACAAACCUUAUUACAACACUUGAAGUCUCACAGUUUAACAAUAGUCAGUAAUGCAUGCGGAACAUUAUGGAAUCUCUCAGCAAGAAAUCCUAAAGACCAGGAAGCAUUAUGGGACAUGGGGGCAGUAAGCAUGCUCAAAAACCUCAUUCAUUCAAAGCACAAAAUGAUUGCUAUGGGAAGUGCUGCAGCUUUAAGGAAUCUCAUGGCAAAUAGACCUGCAAAGUAUAAGGAUGCCAAUAUUAUGUCUCCUGGUUCAAGCUUGCCAUCUCUUCAUGUUAGGAAACAAAAAGCCCUAGAAGCAGAAUUAGAUGCUCAGCAUUUAUCAGAAACUUUCGACAAUAUUGACAAUUUAAGUCCCAAGGCAUCUCAUCGUAGUAAGCAGAGACACAAGCAAAAUCUCUAUGGUGACUAUGUUUUUGACACCAAUCGUCAUGAUGAUAAUAGGUCAGAUAAUUUUAAUACUGGAAACAUGACUGUCCUUUCACCAUAUUUGAAUACUACAGUGUUGCCCAGCUCCUCUUCAUCAAGGGGAAGUUUAGAUAGUUCUCGUUCUGAAAAAGAUAGAAGUUUGGAGAGAGAACGAGGAAUUGGCCUAGGCAACUACCAUUCAGCAACAGAAAAUCCAGGAACCUCUUCAAAGCGAGUUUUACAGAUUUCCGGCACUGCAGCCCAGAUUGUCAAAGUCAUGGAAGAAGUAUCAGCCAUUCAUACCUCCCAGGAAGACAGAAGUUCUGGGUCUACCACCGAAUUGCAUUGUGUGACAGAUGACAGGAAUGCACUAAGAAGAAGCUCUGCUUCCCACACACAUUCAAACACUUACAAUUUCACUAAGUCAGAAAAUUCAAAUAGAACAUGUUCUAUGCCUUAUGCCAAACUGGAAUAUAAGAGAUCUUCAAAUGAUAGUUUAAAUAGUGUCAGUAGUAGUGAUGGUUAUGGUAAAAGAGGUCAAAUGAAACCCUCAAUUGAAUCCUAUUCUGAAGAUGAUGAAAGUAAAUUUUGCAGUUAUGGUCAAUAUCCAGCUGACCUAGCCCAUAAAAUACAUAGUGCAAAUCAUAUGGAUGAUAAUGAUGGAGAACUAGAUACACCAAUAAAUUAUAGUCUUAAGUAUUCAGAUGAGCAGUUGAACUCUGGAAGGCAAAGUCCUUCGCAGAAUGAAAGAUGGGCAAGACCCAAACACAUAAUAGAAGAUGAAAUAAAACAGAGUGAGCAAAGACAAUCAAGGAGCCAAAACACAACUUAUCCCAUAUAUACUGAGAACACUGAUGAUAAACACCACAAGUUCCAACCACAUUUUGGGCAGCAGGAAUGUGUUUCCCCAUAUCGGUCAAGGGGGGCCAGUGGUUCAGAAACAAAUCGAGUGGUUUCUAAUCAUGGAAUUAAUCAGAAUGUAAACCAGUCUUUAUGUCAGGAAGAUGACUAUGAAGAUGAUAAACCAACCAACUAUAGUGAACGUUACUCUGAGGAAGAACAACAUGAAGAAGAAAGACCAACAAAUUAUAGCAUAAAAUAUAAUGAAGAAAAACAUCAUGUGGACCAGCCUAUUGAUUAUAGUUUAAAAUAUGCCACAGACAUUCCUUCCUCACAGAAACCGUCAUUUUCAUUCUCAAAGAGUUCAUCUGGACAAAGCACUAAAACUGAACACAUCUCUUCAAGCAGUGAGAAUACAUCUACGCCUUCAUCUAAUGCCAAAAGGCAGAGUCAGCUCCAUCCAAGUUCAGCACAAAGUAGAAGUGGUCAGACUCAAAAAACUACCUCUUGCAAAGUUCCCUCUAUCAACCAAGAAACAAUACAGACUUACUGUGUAGAAGAUACCCCAAUAUGCUUUUCAAGGUGUAGUUCAUUGUCAUCUCUGUCAUCAGCUGAAGAUGAAAUAGGAUGUGAUCAGACAACACAGGAAGCAGACUCUGCUAAUACUCUGCAAAUAGCAGAAAUAAAAGAGAACAGUGGAACUAGAUCAACUGAAGACCCUGUGAGUGAAGUUCCAGCAGUGUCACAGCACAUUAGAACCAAAUCCAGCAGGCUGCAGUCUUCUGGCUUAUCUUCAGAAUCAACCAGGCACAAAGCUGUUGAAUUUUCUUCAGGGGCCAAAUCUCCCUCCAAAAGUGGUGCUCAGACACCCAAAAGUCCACCAGAGCACUAUGUUCAGGAGACUCCACUCAUGUUUAGCAGAUGUACUUCUGUCAGUUCACUUGAUAGUUUUGAGAGUCGUUCAAUUGCCAGCUCUGUUCAGAGUGAACCAUGCAGUGGAAUGGUAAGUGGUAUUAUAAGCCCCAGUGACCUUCCAGAUAGCCCUGGACAAACCAUGCCACCAAGCAGAAGUAAAACCCCUCCACCUCCUCCUCAAACAGUUCAGACCAAGCGAGAGGUACCUAAAAGUAAAGGACCUACCGCUGAAAAGAGAGAGAGUGGACCUAAGCAAGCUGCUGUAAAUGCUGCAGUUCAGAGGGUUCAAGUUCAUCCAGAUGCUGAUACUUUAUUACAUUUCGCCACAGAAAGUACUCCAGAUGGAUUUUCUUGUUCAUCUAGCCUGAGUGCUCUGAGCCUUGAUGAGCCAUUUAUACAGAAAGAUGUGGAAUUAAGAAUAAUGCCUGCAGUUCAGGAAAAUGACAAUGGUAAUGAAACAGAAUCUGAGCAGCCUGAGGAAUCAAAUGAAAACCAGGAAAAAGAGGAAGAAAAACCUAUUGAUUCUGAAAAAGAUCUUCUAGAUGAUUCAGAUGAUGAUGAUAUUGAAAUACUAGAAGAAUGUAUUAUUUCUGCCAUGCCAACAAAGUCAUCACGUAAGGCCAAAAAGCCAGCUCAGACUGCUUCAAAAUUACCUCCACCUGUGGCAAGGAAACCAAGUCAGCUGCCUGUGUACAAACUUCUACCAUCACAGAACAGGUUACAAGCACAAAAGCAUGUUAGUUUUACACCAGGAGAUGAUAUACCACGGGUUUAUUGUGUGGAAGGGACACCUAUAAACUUUUCCACGGCUACAUCUCUAAGUGAUCUAACAAUAGAAUCCCCUCCAAAUGAGUUAGCUGCUGGAGAAGGGGUUAGAACAGGGGCACAGUCAGGUGAAUUUGAAAAGCGAGAUACCAUUCCUACAGAAGGCAGAAGUACAGAUGAGGCUCCAAGAGGAAAAACCUCAUCUGUAACUAUACCUGAAUUGGAUGACAAUAAAACAGAGGAAGGUGAUAUUCUUGCAGAAUGCAUUAAUUCUGCUAUGCCCAAAGGGAAGAGUCACAAGCCUUUCCGUGUGAAAAAGAUAAUGGACCAGGUCCAACAAGCAUCUGUGACUUCAUCUGGAACUGACAAAAAUCAAUUAGAUGGUAAGAAAAAGAAACCUACUUCACCAGUAAAACCUAUGCCACAAAGUACUGAAUAUAGGACCCGUGUAAGAAAAAAUACAGACUCAAAAAAUAAUUUAAAUGCUGAAAGAACUUUCUCAGACAACAAAGAUUCAAAGAAACAGAAUUUGAAAAAUAAUUCCAAGGACUUCAGUGAUAAGCUACCAAAUAAUGAAGAUCGAAUCAGAGGAAGUUUUACUUUUGAUUCACCUCAUCAUUACACGCCUAUUGAAGGAACUCCGUACUGUUUUUCACGAAAUGAUUCUUUGAGUUCUCUAGAUUUUGAUGAUGAUGAUGUUGACCUUUCCAGGGAAAAGGCUGAAUUAAGAAAGGGGAAAGAAAAUAAGGAGUCAGAAACUAAAGUUACCAGCCACACAGAACUAACCUCAAACCAACAAUUGGCUAAUAAGACACAAGCUAUUAUAAAGCAUCCGGUAAAUCGAGGUCAUUCUAAAGCUGUACUGCAGAAGCAAUCCACAUUUCCCCAGUCAUCCAAAGACACACCAGACAGAGGGGCAGCAACUGAUGAAAAAUUACAGAAUUUUGCUAUUGAAAAUACUCCAGUCUGCUUUUCUCGCAAUUCCUCUCUGAGUUCUCUCAGUGACAUUGACCAAGAAAACAAUAACAACAAAGAAAAUGAACCUAUCAAAGAGACCGAGCCCCCUGAUUCACAGGGAGAACCAAGUAAACCUCAGGCAUCAGGAUACGCUCCUAAAUCAUUUCAUGUUGAAGAUACCCCCGUUUGUUUCUCAAGAAACAGUUCUCUCAGUUCUCUCAGUAUUGAUUCUGAAGAUGACCUGUUGCAGGAGUGUAUAAGUUCUGCAAUGCCAAAGAAGAAAAAGCCCUCACGACUCAAGGGCGAUAAUGAAAAGCAUAGUCCCAGAAGUAUGGGUGGCAUAUUAGCUGAAGAUUUGACACUUGAUUUGAAAGAUAUACAGAGACCAGAUUCAGAACAUGGUCUGUCCCCUGAUUCGGAAAAUUUUGAUUGGAAAGCUAUUCAGGAAGGUGCAAAUUCCAUAGUGAGUAGUUUACAUCAAGCUGCUGCUGCUGCAUGUUUAUCUAGACAAGCUUCAUCUGAUUCAGAUUCCAUCCUUUCAUUGAAAUCAGGAAUCUCUCUGGGAUCACCAUUUCAUCUUACACCUGAUCAAGAGGAAAAACCCUUUACAAGUAAUAAAGGCCCACGAAUUCUAAAACCUGGAGAGAAAAGUACAUUGGAAACUAAAAAGAUAGAAUCUGAAAAUAAAGGAAUCAAAGGAGGAAAAAAAGUUUAUAAAAGUUUGAUUACUGGAAAAGUUCGAUCUAAUUCAGAAGUUUCAAGCCAAAUGAAACAUCCCCUUCAAACAAACAUGCCUUCAAUAUCUCGAGGUAGGACAAUGAUCCAUAUUCCAGGAGUUCGAAAUAGCUCUUCAAGUACAAGUCCCGUUUCUAAAAAAGGCCCUCCCCUUAAAACCCCAGCCUCCAAAAGCCCUAGUGAAGGUCAGGCAGCCACCACUUCUCCUAGAGGAUCCAAGCCAUCAGUGAAGUCAGAACUAAGCCCUGUUACCAGGCAGACAUCCCAAACAGGUGGAUCAAAUAAAGGGCCUUCUAGAUCAGGAUCUAGAGAUUCCACUCCUUCAAGACCUGUCCAGCAACCAUUAAGUAGACCUAUGCAGUCUCCAGGGCGAAACUCAAUUUCCCCUGGUAGAAACGGAAUAAGUCCACCUAACAAAUUAUCUCAACUGCCAAGGACAUCAUCCCCUAGUACUGCUUCAACUAAGUCCUCAGGUUCAGGAAAAAUGUCAUAUACAUCCCCAGGCAGACAGAUGAGCCAACAGAACCUUACCAAACAAACAGGUUUAUCCAAGAAUGCCAGUAGUAUCCCAAGAAGUGAGUCUGCCUCCAAAGGACUAAAUCAGAUGACUAAUAGCAGUGGAUCUAAUAAAAAGGUAGAGCUUUCUAGAAUGUCUUCAACUAAGUCAAGUGGAAGUGAAUCUGAUAGAUCAGAGAGACCCGUAUUGGUACGCCAGUCAACUUUCAUUAAAGAAGCUCCAAGCCCAACCCUAAGGAGAAAAUUGGAGGAAUCUGCUUCAUUUGAAUCUCUUUCUCCAUCUUCUAGACCAGAUUCUCCCACUAGGUCCCAGGCACAAACUCCAGUUUUAAGUCCUUCCCUUCCUGAUAUGUCUCUAUCCACACAUUCAUCUGUUCAAGCUGGUGGAUGGCGAAAACUCCCACCUAAUCUUAGUCCCACAUUGGAGUAUAAUGAUGGAAGGCCAGCAAAGCGUCAUGAUAUAGCACGCUCCCAUUCUGAAAGUCCUUCCAGACUUCCAAUCAAUAGAUCAGGAACUUGGAAACGUGAGCACAGCAAACAUUCAUCAUCCCUUCCUCGAGUAAGCACUUGGAGAAGAACUGGAAGUUCAUCUUCAAUUCUCUCUGCUUCAUCAGAAUCCAGUGAAAAAGCAAAAAGUGAGGAUGAAAAACAUGUGAACUCCGUUUCAGGAACCAAACAAACUAAAGAAAACCAAGUGUCCACAAAAGGAACAUGGAGAAAAAUAAAAGAAAGUGAAAUUUCUCCCACAAAUAGUAUGUCUCAGACUACUUCCUCAGGUGCUACAAAUGGUGCUGAAUCAAAGACUCUAAUUUAUCAAAUGGCACCUGCUGUUUCUAAAACAGAAGAUGUUUGGGUGAGAAUUGAGGACUGUCCCAUUAAUAACCCUAGAUCUGGAAGAUCUCCGACAGGUAAUACUCCCCCCGUGAUUGACAGUGUUUCAGAAAAGGGAAAUCCAAAUGUUAAAGAUCCAAAAGAUAAUCAGGGAAAACAAAAUGUAGCUAAUGGCAGUGCUCCCAUGCGCACCAUGGGUUUGGAAAACCACCUGAACUCCUUUAUUCAUGUAGAUGCCCCAGAACAAAAAGGAACUGAGACAAAACCGGGACAAUGUAAUCCCGUCCCUGCAUCAGAGACCAAUGAAAGUUCUAUAGCAGAGCGUACCCCAUUCACUUCUAGCAGCUCAAGCAAACAUAGUUCACCUAGUGGGACUGUUGCUGCCAGAGUAACUCCUUUUAAUUACAACCCAAGCCCUAGGAAAAGCAGCGCAGAUAGCACUUCAGCCCGGCCGUCUCAGAUCCCAACACCAGUGAAUAACAACACAAAGAAACGAGAUUCAAAAACUGACAACACAGAAUCCAGUGGAAGUCAAAGUCCUAAGCGCCAUUCUGGGUCUUACCUUGUGACAUCUGUUUAAAAGAGCUGAAACGACGACACUAAGAAAAUUAUGUGUUAAUUACAACUGCUAUAUAGAAAUUUUGUUUCAAAUGAACUUUAAAAGACUAAAAAAAAUUUGUAAAUAGGUUUGAUUCUUGUUAGAGGGGUUUUGUUCUGGAAGCCAUAUCUGAUAGUGUACUUUGUCUUCACUGGUCAUAUUUUGGGAGGCACUCUUCAUAGUUAGGAAGAAAGUGGUAAAGCCAAGUAUAUUUGUACAGUAUGUUUUACAUGUAUUUAAGUAGCAUCCCAUCCCAUCAUCCUUUAAUUAUUGCUCGUCUUAAAAUAAUGAACACUGCAGAUAGAAAAUAUAUAUUGCUAUUAUCAAUCAUUUCUAGAUUAUAAACUGACUAAACUUACAUCAGGGAGAAAUUGGUAUUUAUGCAAAAAAAAUGUUUUAGUUCUUGUGAGUCCAUCUAAUGUCAUAAUUAAUCAUGUGGCUGUGAAAUUCACAGUAAUAUGGUUGCCGAUGAACAAGUUUACCCAGCCUGCUUUGCUUUACUGCAUGAAUGAAACUGAUGGUUCAAUUUCAGAAGUAAUGAUUAACAGUUCUGUGGUCACAUGCUGUGCAUAGAGAUAGCUACAGUGUAACAAUUUACACUAUUUUGUGCUCAAGACAAAAAAAAAUCUGUGUAACUGUAAAACAUUGAAUGAAACUAUUUUACCUGAACUAGAUUUUAUGAGAGUAGGUAGAAUUUUUGCUAUGCUGUAACUUGUUGUAUAUUCUGGUAUUUGAGGUGAGAUGGCUGCUCUUUUAUUAAUGAGACAUGAAUCGUGUCUCGACAGAAACUAAAUGAACAUUUCAGAAUAAAUUAUUGCUGUAUGUAAACUGUUAUUGAAAUUGGUAUUUGUUUGAAGGGUCUUAUUUCACAUUUGUAUUAACAAUUGCCAAAAGGGCCUCUUUUAAAAACUUAUGUAAAAAUUUUCCUUCAGCUUCUAUGCAUUGAGUAAAAUUCCUCUUACUAUAAUAAAAACAAUUGAAGAAAACUUUUGGCACUUAACCAUUCCAUGCAUUGGAACUUAACCAUUCCUGAAAUUUAUUUUUUUUUAUGUGAUUAACACUUCCUGAUGUUUAAUAUUUUUUCACUUAUGUCUUCUUACUCCAGUGGAAUUCGGUUCAAACAAAUUCAUAGUAGCAAUGUAAACUGCCUAGCACAGGACUAGGCAUUGAACAUAAUAGGCCCACGUAGAAUGUUUUCUUUUUCUUAAUAGAAUUCUAUACUUGAAAAUUAAUUGAUUAUUCUUAGAUACAAGUAGUCUCUUCCAAGCUUUACAAUGUAACUGUCUUGCCCCUUUCAUUCUCCCUGUUGCUGUUGGGUCCAAAAUGAACAUCUUUUGUCACCCUAUAUGUUAGGGCAAAGUUUCAGCAGCCAGGUAGAAUCAGCACUUUGCCAAGCUCACAAAAUACAAAUCACAUGGAACUUCAAAGGUAGAAUUAAUACGACUAAGAUAUUCAAAAGAACAUUUAAAAAUCCCUGUAUGAUAAGGAAAAUUUUGUUUUUGAUGGUACAGUUGUGGGAUAUGUUGUGUUCCUUUGCUUAUUUGGGGGAAGGGAAUCCUUCAUGAAGAAAAAUAAACUGCUCAACUUGCUAACAAAGAUAAUUUACUUAAUAUAUCUUCCCUGAAUUUGUUCUAAAAGAUCAGAGGGUGACUGUGAUGAUAAAUGCUCACGUAUUUGUUGAAUAAAUGAAAAUUUAUUUUUAAUGAUAAAAUUCAUACAUUGUAUUUGGGGAAGGGAAAAGAUUUUUAGGUAUGGUGGAGCACUGGUAAGAGGAGGUGAGGGAGGAGUCAGCACACCUACAUGGUGCCCUUGUAGUCAAUUAUCCACCCCUUACCUGAGUUUAUAACUUGAAGGUAAUGAGGCUGAUUUUUUUAAAGCUGAAAGGCCAGUAAAUAAAGUGCUGUGAUUUGAACUAAGGCAUUUGACUCCAAAGCCCAUACUCUCCCCACUGCACCACUUUGUAAACACCUCAAUGUACUUAUCUUUGGGAUAUAUCUACAUUUAAAGUUUUGUCAAAUUUUCAAUGAAUAUGCUAAUAUACAAUAAUUUUAAAAAACAUGAACAAUAAAAAAACUAAUUUAAAAAAUAAAA